CAAAACAUACUACACAUCUCACAGAUGCUGGUUAUCUCCCAGAGCUGGUACUGAUAAAUGAUGUACAACAGGAGUGAAUGCUGAGACACAGCCAAGCAGAGAAAAGGGUAUCCAGGAGGAAUUCUUUCACACAAAGAGGCAACUUAUUAAAUGAAGAGAGCAGUACAUCUAAACUGAAUCUGCCAAACACCCAACUCAACACAACUCCACUCAACUGCACAGAAUCUCAUGACUUUCAGCUGACAGUCCAACACACACAUGGAUUCAACUGGUCAAUGAAUCAAAACACUCAUACCAGAAUCCAGUCACCAAUUCCCUUCAGAUUAAGACUGAUUGAAAGAACGGUUCAGCAUGAAUUCCUCGGUACUGCUACGCCUCAUGGUGAUGCUGGUUCAGCUUUGGCCUUGCUCUCCCAGCACACAGAACUCCAGCGCUCAAAACACAGCUCAGUCUUUCACACCAGCUCGAAGAGUGAAACGUGGCUGGCUGUGGGAACCUCUUUUUGCAACUGAGGAACAGAUUUCGCCGGAACCUGUGUAUAUUGGACAGGUGAAAUCAGAUUUAGACAAAGAGGAUGGCAACUUAGAAUACAUUUUGGCCGGGGAGGGAGCUGGAAGCUUUUUUCACAUUGACAAAUAUACUGGCAAAAUUUAUGUAAAACAAAAGUUGGAUCGAGAAAAGAAACCUUUCUACAUUCUAACAGCAAAAGCAAUUAACCGGAGCACUCAGCUUCCUGUUGAACCUGAUUCAGAAUUUAUCAUCAAGGUUCGAGAUAUCAAUGACAACGAACCACAGUUCCUGGAUGGACCUUAUGUGGCCACUGUUCCAGAGAUGUCGCCUGAUGGUACUUCGGUUACACAGGUAACAGCUACAGAUGCUGAUGAUCCUUCUUAUGGGAAUGGUGCUCGUCUGCUUUACAGUCUUGUUGAGGGACAGCCUUAUUUCUCAGUGGAGCCGAAGACAGGGGUCAUUAGAAUGGCUUCCGAAAUGGAUAGAGAAACAAAAGAUCAGUAUUUGGUCAUCAUUCAAGCCAAAGAUAUGGUUGGGCAACCAGGAGCAUUUUCUGCAACAGCCACUGUUACCAUCAAUCUCUCUGAUAUCAAUGACAACCCACCUGAAUUUCAGCAGCGACUCUACUACAUGAGUGUCUCUGAAGAGGCUCCCGUGGGCACCACCGUAGGCAAAGUCUUUGCAGAAGACAGAGACAUUGGGGACAACGCAGCCAUGGACUAUUUCAUUGAAGCAGAUAGCCCAGAUGUUUUUAACAUCAUUACUAACGAAGAGACUCAAGAAGGAAUUAUCUUACUAAAAAAGAGAGUGGAUUAUGAGAGCAAAAGGAGAUACAGUAUUCAAGUAAAAGCUGUGAAUCGACACAUCGAUGAGCGUUUUUUGAAAGAAGGACCAUUUGAAGACACAACCAUUGUCAAAAUCAAUGUGGAAGAUGCUGAUGAACCUCCAGUUUUCACCUUGGACAACUAUGUGAUGGAGAUUGUUGAAGGAGCUAUGAGGGGCGCACUGGUUGGGGCUGUAACUGCCAGAGAUCCAGAUGAUGAUGAGAGUCCAGUCAGGUACUCCAUUGUCCACAGCAGUGAUUUAAAGAGACUGUUCAGCAUCAAUGAACACAGUGGAGCAAUCAUUGCCACUGAACCUCUGGACCGAGAGAGAGCUUCUUGGCACAACCUAACUGUUACAGCCACAGAAACAAGAAAUCCUGAAAAAAUUUCGGAAGCAAAUGUGUAUGUUCAAGUUCUUGAUGUUAAUGAUAAUGCACCAGAAUUCCCUAAAAAUUAUGAAACAUUUGUUUGUGAAAAUGCAGUUUCUGGACAGCUAAUUCAAACCAUCAGCGCAGUGGAUCAAGAUGACUCCGCAGAAGGUCACCAUUUUUAUUUCUCACUGGCUCAGGAGGACUCAAACAGCUCACAUUUUACUGUCAAAGACCAUCAAGAUAACACAGCUGGAAUUUUCACAGGAAAAAGUGGCUUCAGCAGGCAAGAGCAGUUUUUUUUCUACUUGCCAAUCUUAAUUCAGGAUAAUGGAACCCCACCGCUGACGAGCACAAAUACUCUCACUGUCACUGUCUGCGACUGUGACACGGAAGUUUACACCUUCUACUGCCGAUACGGAGCUUUCAUGUAUUCCUUGGGUCUCAGCACAGAGGGUUUAGUUGCUGCUUUGGCUUGCAUAAUAAUAUUCCUAGUGUUCCUGUUGGCAAUUGUCGCCAUAAGGCAGCAGCAGCAGCAGAAGAAGCCUCCCUUUUCAGAGAAGAUGGAAGACUUCAGAGAGAACAUUGUCAGUUAUGACGAUGAAGGAGGGGGCGAGCAGGACACAGAAGCCUUUGAUAUUUCAGCACUGAGGACACGCACUGUCAUGCGAACGCACAAACCUCGGAAGAAGGUGGCCUCUGAAAUCCAGAGCCUCUACAGGCAGUCUCUGCAGGUUGGCCCAGACAGCGCAAUCUUCAGGCAAUUCAUUUCAGAAAAGCUGGAAGAAGCAAAUAUGGAUCCUAGCGUUCCUCCCUAUGACUCGCUUCAGACCUACGCGUUUGAGGGGACUGGCUCCUUGGCAGGAUCCCUCAGCUCACUGGGUUCAAACACCUCAGACAUGGAUCAGAGCUACGACUACCUUGCAGACUGGGGACCUCACUUUAAGCAGCUUGCAGGCAUGUAUUCUUCCCACAGAACUGUGGGGGAUUAGGCACUUUUUAAGCUGUUCUUUUGUUUUCCUAAGUCUCAGCAACCAAAUGCAACUGUGGAUUUUUAAAAAGGAGGUCAUCUCACAUUAAACAGGAGAACUAAGAGCCCAAGGGAUUUAAUAUGGAAAGUUUUGGAUGUGGAAACCUCUGGAAAGGAUAAAACACACCGGGGGUGUUACCACAUGAGGAGAUGGUGUUUAUAGUUGGAAAACCUUGUCGUAAUCCAAGGGCUUACAUGCAAACCUUGCCUCUUUGGAUAUCUAGAUCCUCCUCUGGAUACUGAAAAUCUGGAUCUUGCUAGCAUAAAAGGAGGAGCAGAAGCCAUAAAUGGAUGUUGUAAACAUUCUGUCAUCCAUAAGCUUUAAACAGUUUCCAAAGCUGACAGACGUAUAUUGUUGAGGUUGAACACAUACAUUAACCAAAGUUAAACACGCAUGUUUGUAUAAUGCUUCAUUAUAUAAAUAUAAUUCUGUGAAAAAGUAAACCCUAGAUAUUCUAAUACCAUUGUCAAAAGUGCUUACAAGAUCAUCUAUUUAUUGUUCUUAGGAUGAUAAAACUAAAACAAAUUUUUUCUCUUUUCUUAUGAGAAAAAUUAAAGCACAUUAUGACAUCAGCAAGUAUUUGCUGCCACUUUAGUUUUAAGCUAUUGGAAAAUGUGUAAACCAAUACUUAAUUUAGCAAAUAAGAUAGGAAAGAGAAUCAAUAUUUAACUUAAAUACUGCAAUCGACCACAUUAUAUAUUACUGCACUUAAAACAAAAUGCUGUCCAAAUACAGGCAUUUUUUCCUUUUAUUAAGAGUUUAAAGGAUGACUGAUUUACCAGCACAGAUUUAUUUUUUUAUUAUGGAAUAUAAAAUUAGCUGCAGUAGUCAGUUUUAUUAUAACAAUAUUAAGAAUCUUUAAAAUACUAAACUGAUGGUUAUAAAACUUUAUGUAUGACAUUAGAUAAUAAGAUAAUAAAAUGCUUUAAAUGCUAAUCCACUUUGAAAAUGAUCCUGAAUCAUUCUGCAAGACUCAAGUAAGAUUUCAAAAUUCAUUUCACACUCUAUUUUUUUCCAACCAUUCCAUAGCAAAUAUAUAGCUAUCCCAGAACAAUUCUUUACUGAAGCAACUACCAAGCAGCAAUUUUGGAACUGAGGUCAUCAAUGUUUUCAAAAUCGUCUGUCUGAAAAAAGCAACCCACAUUUUACUCACCUCUCUUUCACUGAGAACUCACCUUACAGAAAUAAUAUCCUGCAAUCAACUGAUUCAAUCAUCUAAAAGCUGGCAUCAUGAUAAACCAAAUUAUGCAACAUAUUUCUUUCUAUUUUCCUUUUUUUUCCCUUCUUUUUAUAAGUAAAAUUUUAGAUAAGUGAAACUGAAUUACAGAUUCAGGAAAGCUUAUGCAAGGAAGAAGCAAACAAAUAAACCAGCCCCAACAAACAAAUUCUGCAAUGUUUACUACAGUUGCUCUUCACUGAAGAAAACCAAGGUAUGUAGGCUAAGUGGAAAAGUGCUAGUGCAAUUUAAAUUCCUGUUUUUAAAAAUAAAACAUGGAGGUGUUUUAAAAUCAGGAGAGAUUUAUAGUGUGAGGUCUGGUAAUAACAGAAAUAUUAGUCAUUAUAUUCCUAGCUGAAAAAUUGAGUGGGUUGGGGGGUAAGGGACAGGGUGGCCAUCUGACCAGAGGCAGGUGAAGCAGCACCUGUUUUCAUAAGAAAGAAAAAACAUUCUUCCCAGUCUCAUGCUAGGAUGCCAGUGUGAAUGAGCAGCUACAAACAAGCUUUGUUAGCUUGUUACUUAGUCAUUAAUACAAGUUGAAACAUUGUAUUAAUGACUUCAACCUUUUACACCAAUGGCUUUCAAACAGACGUGGCAAAAUUGUUUUUAUUUGAGAAAAUAUUUUACAUAUUAAUAAUUUGUUUCAUGGAGAGAGAAAGAGUAUACACCACUAGUUGUUGACAACAGUGAAAAUUACAUGUUUAGGAUUAGGUCUAUAGAUUUAUGUGGGUUAUACCCCAAACAAAUCCUUAGUCCACAGAUGGUCCCAGUAGCUUUAAGAGAAUUCUCUGUGCUUUCAGGUUGUAUUUAGUACAAAAAGGAUAACAGUGUCUGAUCCUUUCUCAAUCCAGAGAUUUUGUCCAUUUAUGUGGGAAAAUAGCCUUCAACACUAAACCAUCAUGUUUGUAAUUUCCUGUCUUUACUGUGAGCUAUUUUAACAACAAAUAAUUUUUGUUAAGUAGUGCAUACCACUAACAUAGUUUUUUUAACCCCAUGUAGGCCAUUGUCAGUAAUUUCUAUGUGAAAAAGAAUAAUGGCCUAUAAUGGAUCUUAAAUUAUUUUUAGCUGAAAAAGCCUUAGAUCAUGUUUACAUAACAGCCGAAGGACGUGUUUUGCUCUGAAACAAGAAUUUAUUCCUAGAUGUUACUGGACCACAUCUUAUUAGGUUCCUGGUAUUCAGUCUAACCCAGCCUUGUCAAUUUUCACGUGUGAGAAAAGAACCACUGAACUUACUUCACACUUUAACUUCACACUUUCUUUAAGUUUGCUGAAAAAUGAGUAGUAAAAGAUUUUUUCGAAUGGUCUUGUUAUUUGAAAGAAGUAAACAUUCUGAUCACAAUCAUGAGAAACAUGACAUUAAUAAAGGAUAAGUUAUAAGUUGGAGUUUCUGAUGAUGAAAUCUAUUAAAUUGUAACCUGGUUUUCCCAAUGGAAUCUUCCACUAUCUUUACCUUUCAAAAUUUGAUUACUAGCUAGAAUUCACUAUGUUAUUGGCUGAACUGAAGAGUGCAGGUAGGGUGACAGAUGAUAAAUAAAUAUUCAGCUGUU